UAGAGGUUCGAGCGGAGCUAGCGCGAAGCAUGUGGAAGUGAGCGAGUGUUGUGCAUAUGUGGUACUCAUGUGUCAAGCGUCGAUGAACGACUACCGCAUGGCUACACACCUUGUCCGGUGGUGGAAAACCAAGAUAUUAAGUGGAUAUAAACAAUUUACUGCAGUGUUGCCAACCGAGUGUGGCGAUGGUCGUCCCUCGGACACGGAGGAGUUGUUGAGGCCGGACUGUGACCCUCCUCCUACAACUCCACCCCUACACCAUGUGAAGCCGCCCCAACCCCAGGCGACACCGCAGGAACCACCCAAGAGGGAACUCAAUUUUGAGGGGUUCGAGUGUGACGUUUCUCUGGAAGGAGCAGGAGACCCGUCUGACAGGCAGGAGUUCUCAUUCACGCUCUACGACUUCGAUGGACAUGGCAAGAUUACCAAAGACGACAUUGCUGGCCUAGUGACGACCAUCUAUGACACGCUGGGCUCGUCCAUCCGAGUGCCUCACUACGGCAGUAAGACUAUCAAGGUGAAGUUGACAGUAGCGCAGGACCCUUCACCUGCAGCCGCGCCGGGGUCGGCUCCACCACCCGCGCAGCCUCGGAGGUACAAGCGAGACCUGAACGUGACGAUACGAGAGCGGCGACGUCGCCAUGCGCGGAGACACAGCGUCAGCAGCUCGGCCGCCAGCGAGGACAGGGAGGCUGACGUGUCGGAGGACGAGGACGAACCUUCCCCCCCUCCUGCCAGCAGUCGGCUACAACCACCUCAUACCAACAGUUGUCGCCAGAACACAGUGCCAUCAGGUCUCCACAGUCGCAGCAAGAAGCGUUCAAGUUCCCUUCAACGCCAGGAACUGCUGCAGAUCAUACAAGCGAACAUGGAAAAGAACAAUCUAUGUUUCAAAACCUCAAGGAAACACUUUAGUCCGGCCCAUGAUCCGAGCAGACACAAAGCGUCGCCCCCGCAUUGGGACAAGUGCGGUGGCCGGGGCAGGGGGAGGGGUGAGGCGCCUCACAGUCCGCAACGUUCCGCCCCUACAACGUCCCCCCACCACCUCAAGCACCGACACCGAGAACAGGAGCAGGCGCGCGCAAUGGCGCAGGUAGUGCGGUGGUUGGAACAGGAGUUCUCGUCUCCGAAGGACAACUACAAACACAAGUCUGCACACCGGACGGAACACCACCACGUGCACGAACACGUCCACCACCACUACCACCACUACCAGGACACGCCCGUGCUGGUAUGAUCCUGCGCGGACUACCACUCCAUGUAACCAUUUGUCUAUUUAACCCAUUAGUAAUUUUUUGUGUCAGCUAUUUUAUAUAAAAUAUUUUAAGGAAUGAGUUAAGUAGUGUAGUUUAACUACUUAACUUCUUUGAGAGUGCAGACUUUAGGGAACGUCCUGCUUGUCAAAUUUUUUGACAGAGUUUACUUGGAAAAUAAAGUUAGGGAGUAAGAAAAAAGUUGUUUAUUGUUGUAUGUGUAAAUACAACGUAUAAUUGAAAAAAGCUUGUUAGAGUUGUAUAAUAAAUAAAUAAAUAAAUAAUAAAUAAAAAUGUCUUUAUUCAGCGUUUCUCUGAAUAAAGAUCAACUCCUUAAGCACUUUGAAAAUUUGCUAAAAAAUAUAUCGUUGCAAUCACUCUUGUCAUCACUGGAAUGUAAAAUGUUACCUUUCAACUCUAGAUAAGUCUAUCAAUCUUUGCACUUAAAGAUUAACAAUGUUUAAUUUUUUUCAAAACUGCGUCUCUCUGGAUCUCUAUUUAUUAGCACGGUAUCAAUUUAUGAAUUAAAAAGAUGGCCGGGCUAAAUAUUUGUUUUGCUUCAUUCAUUAGAAUGAAGGAAUGUGGCAUCCUUUAUUUCCUGAUGGAAAAAAAUAUGUUAAUUUACAUUGUAUACCACUUACCAAGUCAAAAGAUAAUCAUUUUAGCAAGACUUACUGGUGUAAAAGCAAGGACUUUAAUAACUCUAAAGUCCAGUAAACUAUCACAUUCACUGUCCCUUUGUUUCCAAAUUAAUUCAUUACUAAUGGGUUAUGAAUAUAAAACUUAAGGUGGUUGGAGUGUGUGUUUGAAGAUCAAACAAAAACAUCUUCAAAAGACUUAAAAUAUGUUAUAGUAUUUUAAAAUAGAAAUAGUUUAUAUCUACCUCAUUUUUAGUUACUGGCUGCAAUGUAAAUAUGUGAAUAGUCAAAAGUGUCUAUAUAACUGUGAUGAGAACAAAUGUUAAGAUGUUAUUCCUAGUAGAAAGAUAGCUUUAAUAAGUUGUAUAUGUAUUUUAAUAUUAAUGUUUACUGUGUACUUAAUCCCUGUAACUCAAAACUUGUCAGUGAUUUGGAAUAGCAUCCCAUUAUUUAAUUUUUAAUUGAUUGAACAUAUUUAUUUCUUGGUCAUGAAGUAUCUAGUUAUUUUAACCCAAUUUUUAGUAAUAAAUUUAUUUGACUAUGCAUUAGUAGGUACUUAAAAUGUUUAAGAAGUGUACAUUUUAAUGUAUAUUAUGUCCUGUAAAAUUAUGAAUCAAGAUUUAAAGUUGCGGAAAAUGUUUAAGUCAACUAAUUUAUCUAGGAAGAAUUAAUUUUAUUGUGACCUUAGCAUUUUUCAUUUUGAUUAAUUUUACCCACAGUAUUUUGAAGAAAAACUGUUGAACCUAGUACAGUAAUAUAUUUCUCAAUUAGAGUUUAAUUUAUUGUCCCAAAUAUGAUUUGUACAUAGCGAUUGUAUUUUUUAUCUGUAUAAAUUGUAUUAUUGUUGUUUUACAGUAAUAUGUUAUUUAUAUUUCUAAAAUAAUAUAAUAUGUAAUUUUAUUUAUAACUGGAUGAAUGUUACUUGUUAUAAACGACUCUACGCUUGUAUAUCAUAAUAAUAUUAUUAAUAAUUCAGCUAAACAAAUUGUAUACUCUGGCAUUUCAAUUGUAAAACUA